CUGUGCCUGAUGCCUAUCACACCUUUUACAGUCUCAUUAAAAUUAAUCUCUGCUGAUUAUACUGUACAUGUACUGGAAUAGGCCAAGCCUCAGGCCUUAGCAACAGUUAGCAGAUAACUAGUAGAUAACUAGUUAACUAACUAGCUUACUGCUGGUAGCUUUAGUGCACUUUGCCAAUGCAGUCACAGAUGUUUCAGUUCAGUCAUGCACAUGCAGCUGGAAGCAUAUUUUUAUUCAUUAUUGCUUUUUUAUAUCUCAGGAAUAUAAUGGUCAUUUUGCUAGAUACAGAUGUACUGACAUAUAUCUAUAUUUUGAAAACAGAAACAAUGACUGUUAUUUUGACAUCUGUGAAUGGAAGAAAGGUCUCUGCUAAAUUGAUACAUGUGCUUAUUUAUGCGCAUGUGUGCACAUGAAAGUGUGUGUGUGUGUGUGUGUGUGUGAUUAUAUCUGUCUGCAAGGGCAUGUGUAUUUAGGAAUGCUUAUGCAAUGCAAAGUUUGAGUUCAUUACAACAUUUAUGUCAGAAUGAUUAAUACCAGGAAUCAUUUUUGUAAACAUAAUUGUUAUGUUUAUUUUAUAAGCGUAAUAUGCAAACAUAAGCAUAGUUACAAAUGAUUCUGAUGAAGAGCAGCCGUUCUCAUUGAUAUUGAUAUUUAAAUAUUCAUUUAUCUCAAUUUCAAUGACACAGUGGGGCGUGAGAAAUGAGAAUUACCCAGUCUUUUUAAAAAGGCACUACUGGUCCAGUCCAUACACAAAGCAAACGACUGUGUUCAUUUUCUUCAACCGUUUUUAUCUGAUAAAAUCUAAAAUGUGCAUGACUUUUAGGAAAAAAGGGGAAGUGAGUCAGUUCUGCAACAGCACAUUCUACUUUUAUAUUUAGUGUGAAGCACUUCCUUUGCAGUCACAUUCAGCCACACUGCUCUGUCUGCAAGGCUGUUUUAUACUAAUGGCUCAUUAGCAAAGCACUGAGGCCAGAUCAGAACUCUCUCCUGGUAAGUGCAUUAUCAUAUUAUUUCAUUUAAUCAAAACUAUAUCACAAUAUUUUGUGGUGCAAGAAGAUUGAACUGGGAUAAAUCAAAAAAUAAAAUGUAUUUUCAGACUAGAAAUGAUUGCUGUUUCUUCCAUACAAAUAUCAAUUGUCAAGUAACAUCCUGUCUGAGUCUUUGCUGUCUGGACUGUGUGAGCUCUUCAUAAAAAAAAGAGUAUUUAGGGACAUUAGCAACACAAACUCACUGUGUGCUCUUGUGUAGUAUUUGUUAGUCUGGUAUUUUUGCUAAUAAAUAGAAUACUCUGUGAGUCUCUAUUUCUACUGUUCAUUUUCACAGUGUAAAUAAUAAUCAAGACCUGUAUAUGUGUAUUUGGAUAAAUAUUUUCAAUCUGAUGCAGCCAUGCUCUUCAAUACCUUGUUGGUAAUCGUCCUCUCUGUGUCAGGUGAAUUGUUUGUGUGUUUUUUUUCCAAAUGUAGUUCUGAUGUUUCAGUCGACAUAUAAAGUAUUUAUCAGCAUGUGUUCCUAUUUAUUAGUCUCUCUUCAUUAUCUCAAUAAGAAGCCAAAGUGAAUACAUUUAAAUUGCUUUAAGGAAUGUAUAUAAUUUACAUAAAAUAAUGUUCUACUGUACAUUAAUUUAGAGUAGUGCAACAUUGCUCAUCUGAAAAGAGAGGGGAAAAUGAGAGAACUUAUAAAAUGAAGUUCCUCUUCACACUCAGCGAUGAAACUGAGACAGAGGCAUGAUAUAAAUAUCUGUGGCUUUACUAAAUGAUCGGAGCUGUUGAUUGUGCAUGUUGCAUUCUUAGAAUGACACAGACACUUGCUCUUAACUUGCUUGGUUUGCUACUACAUUCUAGCAAAGCUAGCUACUAAGGAAGACUUCCUGUACCUGCAAAUCUCACAUUGAUCGGAGGCUACUGCCAUCUACUGACAUAAGUUAGUAUUGAAAUACAAGUUCAAUUAUUGAUGUUCCAUAGUUUUGGAGAAGUUAGGUGCACUUGUUUUAAAGUUUUGUUAAUUGUAUCCCUUAGCUGUCAUGUUGCCAACACAUCUGUGUUUUAAAGGAUUUCUGAGCAGUGUGUUUGUGUGUGUGAGUGUUUGCAUGCGUGAAUUUGUGUGUGUGUGUGUGUGUGCGUGCAUUUGCAUAUGUGUGCGCAUGUGUGUGUGUGUGUGUGUGUAUGUAUACUUGUGUUUGUGUGUAUGUGUGUGCGUGUGUGUGUGUGUGUGUGUGUGCGUGUGUGUGUGUGUGUAUAUGUAUACAUGUGCAUGUGUGUGUCUGCGUGUGUAUGUGUGUGUGGAUGUGCGUGUGUGUGUAUGUGUGUGUGCGCCCGUGCGCGCGCAUGUGUGUGUAUUUUUCAGGUGUUCUGAGCCAGUUGGGAUGGGGAGUGACUUACACCCCUGAGAGAAUCUGUGCCUUAAAGGGGUCUUCAGUAGACAUGAGCUGCACUUACUCAUAUCCCACAUCUCACACAGUGCAGAAAACUUUCUGGUUUAUUCAUUAGAACAAGCCACAGGAGGGCGAAGACCUGUCCAAGGACCCAGAGUACCCGGACCGUGUGGAGUACCUGGGGAAUAAGAACAGUGACUGCACUUUUAGAAUAAAGCAGCUGAGAGAAAGUGAUUCAGCAAUAUAUCGCUUCAAGUUCCUGCCCAACCAUUAUGGUGGAAAAUAUACUGGUCAUUCUGGAGUCUCAUUGACAGUUACAGGUUUGAAGGUGGAUAUAAAUUCUGAACAGUGUCAGGGGGAGAGACAGUGGAACUGACCUGUAGAGCAACCUGCACUCAGCUGACUGAGAGCAACAGCUUAAUUUGGUACAAGAAUGAGCAGCUUCUGACUGAAGACUCCAGGUUCUACCAGUCCUAUAGAAUCCUUAAAUUCAGACGUGACGAUACGGGCAGGCACUCCUGUGCUGUAAGAGGCAAUCAGCAUUUUGUUUCCCUCGCUGUGACUCUCAGUGUGAGAUGUGUAAAGGUUGAAAUGAAAUCUAGCACAGUGAGUGAGGGAGUGAGGGUGACACUAACCUGUAAAAUCACCUGCACUGACCUGACUGGCAGCCAAACAUUCAUCUGGUACAAGAAUGGACAAUCUCUGUUUUACACCGCCCAGAAAUAUCAAAAUCAUAACUACCUUCAGUUCAAAGCCAGCAGUAGAGAUGCAGGCAGCUACUCCCGUGCAGUAAGAGGUCAUGAGAAUCUCCUGUCCCCAGCAGUGACUCUCUAUCCUCCUAAGAGCAUCUUAUUAUCAGUGAGCCCCUCUGGUGAAAUAGUGGAGGGCAGUUCAGUGACUCUGACCUGCAGCAGUGAUGCCAACCCACCAGUGCAGAGAUACACCUGGUAUAAGAAUAAUAGAGCUGUAUCUUCAGAGACAGGAGGACCAGUGGACAGUUACACCAUUAAAAACAUCACACUGCAGGAUGCAGGAGAAUACACCUGUGGCAGUUCAGUGACUCUGACCUGCAGCAGUGAUGCCAACCCACCAGUGCAGAACUACACCUGGGUUAAGCAGAAUGAAACUGGAGUCUGGCAGGCAGGAUCUGGACAGAGUUUGAUCUUUUCUAACUUUGGAUCCUGGAACAGAGGACAGUACUACUGUGAGGCACAGAACAGACUUGGAGCUCAGAAUGCUUCUGCUCUGCUGGUCACAGUACAAGAGCAGAGCCUUCAGAGAGUGACAAACGCAGCCAGCGACACAAACUCUGUGCUUCAGAGAGCUGACGAGGCCUCAGUGUGGGAUUAAAACACACAGAGGAGAGAAUCUGCAGAGAAUGAGAAAUGGUGGAGA